GGCCUUGGUAGUACCGAAGGGCGUGAUGAUGUAUAACGCGAUCGCCAAGUGCGGGGUGCUCAAGAAGAAGUCGGGCAUGCUCCGAAGAAAAGAGUCGCGAUUUUACGUGCUGACGAACACGGGCGGGAUCUUCUUCGCGAAAGGCUUUGCCGCCGAGUUCGACUCUCUCAAGCCGUUGCUCACGCUCACGGGUUCAUCGGAGGUCUCUCUGGAAAGGGGAGGUUCAGCCGACUCGGGGUACGUCAUGAGGAUAACCACGAGGGGGAACAAGCCACCGCCUCUGGAGCUAGAGGCGUCAAGUGAGCCCGAAACUGUGGCUUGGUCUCAAGUGGUUCACGACGUUAUCGAGCUGGUCGGGACUAUUAACGGAGACCAGUACGCGGCACAGCCUCGGCCGCUUGGAGGCUUGAGGGUUGGAGAUGAGGGGUGGUACUUGGAACCGACCGGCCGCAUGGCGCUCUACACGCUCAACUCGCACCGAAGGUGGGCAGUACAAGACAGGAGGGAGUACGACGAGCCCACGGUGCUGAACUGGAUCGCUGGCGACAGAGUGAGCAGGACCAGCAGCAGCGGCAGCAACAGCGCGAGGCUGGGCUACCCCUCGCAAAGCGGGGCUUCUGCUACUGGUUCUUCUGCGGACCAGGGCUCUGGGAGCCCAGAUUAUCCGGUCAACAGCGGCCGCGGGUCCCCAGACCCCGCGCCGCCCGCCCACCCGGCCGACUACCCGAGCCAACAUUCCCACUCGCAGUCGAUGCGGAGCACAAGCGCCACCAUGUCGCAUCUGGGCGGCGGCGGUGGGGGCGGCGGCGGCGGCGGCGGCGGCGGUGGCACCUGGGCGACACACGCCCCCCCCGCCGGCCCGAACUCCUCGUUUGCCCACGGCGGGGGCGGCGGCAGCAGAAGCCCAGAAGCCGGCGGUACCGUAGUAGGUGGCGUGUUGGUCAGGGGCGGUAGAGGUGGUGGCGGAGACGGCGGCGGCGGGGGGGGAGGGUCCGCGGAUGCGAUUCUGGUGGGCCCCCUCCCCGUCCUCCCGUCCGUCUUUGUCGUCGGGAAAGGGGAAGGUAACAGUUUCGGCGACGAAGCGGAUAGCCUCGUGCUCAGGAGGCCUUCGACGAGUUGUUCCGCGAACGGCGGCGGCGGCGGCGCAGACGGCGGGCGGGGGCGAAGAGAGGAGCAGGCAGGGGAAGAGGUGGUGGCGGUAACAGCCAACAACAACUCGCACGGGCGAUUGGGGCGUGUGGGUCGGUGGAGGGGCGGCGGCCGGGGGGCGGGGGCGACGGCGGCGGCACCGGAGCGGAGACAAUCGGGAGGGGACUCGGGUAGACGGCCCCUCGAAUUGUCACCGGGGAUGGAAGUUUUGCAGUCGUGGCUUCAACGUUCUUGACGACCGCCUUCUUGGGGGUCCCGACUAUGGGCGAGUAACAAGCGUGUGAGCUUGAUUUUGCGUUUCGCGAAGUUUAGGUGUGUGUGUGUGUUUUACAUGUGUCAUGUGUUAUAGCGUGUGAAGUGUUCCUGUCGUCGUCCUUUUCUAUAGCUCUCCUCUUUUGAUUGGCUGCCGUCAAUGGGGUAGCUGCGGUGGUAGCUCGCAGCAGCAGCAGUAGUUUAAGUUGAUCUUCGGCCUGCCGUUAUGUUCUUUAUAAGCAUACUGGUGGCCGUGCUUUAGCCAUUCUCUCGGGCAGGGCGAUUUUUCUUUUCGGGAUAUCCCGGCGUGUUCUCCUGCCCGCAUGCAAACCCGGUUAUGCAUGCAAAACAUUUUUUUUGUGUGUACAUGGAUUUUCUAAGGUGUUCGGUUUGUGUGUGUGCCGAGGCGAAUGCACGAAACAACGAGAUC